GACCCGGGGAGGGAAGCGCGGAGAGGGGCGAGCCGAGCGGCGCGGAGAGAGGAGGGUUGAGGGGCGCUCGCGUGCGCCCCCUAGCGGUCGGAAGGGGAGGUGCCCGCCCAGGCCUCGCUGCCCGCCCCUCCCCUAGGGAGGUUCGCGCUCCCGUGGCUCGCGCCUGCGCUGCCCGCCGGCCUCCAGAACGCGCUUUCUCGGCCGCGCGCGCUCUCAGUCUCCGCCACCCACCAGCUCCAGCACCAGCAGCAGCGCCGCCGCCACCGCCCACCUUCUGCCGCCGCCGCCACAACCACCUUCUCCUCCGCUGUCCUCUUCUGUCCUCGCCUUCUGUCGAUUAUCAGGCUUUGAACCAGUAUGGCUGACCCUCGCCAGGAGUUUGACACAAUGGAAGACCAUGCUGGAGAUUACACUCUGCUCCAAGACCAAGAAGGAGACAUGGACCAUGGCUUAAAAGAGUCUCCCCCACAGCCCCCCGCCGAUGAUGGAGCGGAGGAACCAGGGUCGGAGACCUCCGAUGCUAAGAGCACUCCAACUGCUGAAGACGUGACUGCGCCCCUAGUGGAUGAGAGAGCUCCCGACAAGCAGGCCGCUGCCCAGCCCCACACGGAGAUCCCAGAAGGAAUUACAGCCGAAGAAGCAGGCAUCGGAGACACCCCGAACCAGGAGGACCAAGCCGCUGGGCAUGUGACUCAAGAACCGGAGAAGGUCGAGAUUUUCUCACAAAGUUUGCUUGUCGAACCAGGGCGUCGUGAAGGCCAGGCCCCAGAUUUGGGGACCUCAGACUGGACCCGCCAACAGGUGUCUAGCAUGUCUGGGGCUCCCCUCCUGCCACAAGGCCUCAGAGAGGCUACAUGUCAACCUUCGGGAACAAGACCUGAGGACAUAGAGAAAAGCCACCCGGCCUCUGAGCUGCUGCGGCGAGGGCCACCUCAGAAGGAAGGCUGGGGCCAAGACAGGCUGGGGAGUGAGGAAGAGGUGGAUGAAGAUCUCACCGUGGAUGAAUCAUCCCAGGAUUCCCCUCCCUCCCAGGCCUCCCUGACCCCUGGCAGGGCAGCCCCUCAGGCCGGCUCCGGCUCUGUCUGCGGGGAGACCGCCAGCGUGCCUGGGCUCCCAACUGAGGGUUCCGUCCCACUUCCUGCUGAUUUCUUCUCCAAAGUCUCCGCAGAGACCCAGGCCUCACAGCCCGAAGGGCCUGGCACGGGGCCCAUGGAGGAAGGGCACGAGGCUGCCCCUGAGUUCACGUUCCACGUGGAAAUCAAAGCCAGCACGCCGAAGGAACAGGAUUUGGAAGGGGCUACAGUGGUGGGGGUCCCCGGAGAGGAGCAAAAGGCCCAGACCCAGGGCCCCUCUGUGGGAAAGGGCACCAAAGAGGCUAGCCUUCAGGAACCUCCUGGCAAGCAACCUGCAGCCGGCCUGCCCGGGAGGCCAGUCAGUCGGGUUCCUCAACUUAAAGCUCGUGUGGCCAGCAAAGACAGGACAGGAAAUGACGAGAAGAAAGCCAAGACAUCCACACCUUCCUGUGCUAAAGCCCCGAGCCAUAGGCCCUGCCUUAGCCCCACACGCCCCACUCUUGGUAGCUCAGACCCUUUGAUCAAACCCUCCAGCCCUGCCGUGUGCCCUGAACCAGCCACCUCUCCUAAACACGUCUCUUCUGUCACACCCCGAAAUGGCAGUCCUGGAACAAAGCAGAUGAAACUCAAGGGCGCUGAUGGCAAAACCGGGGCGAAGAUCGCCACACCUCGGGGAGCAGCCUCUCCGGCCCAGAAGGGCACGUCCAACGCCACCAGGAUCCCGGCCAAGACCACGCCCAGCCCUAAGACUCCUCCAGGGUCAGCUUCCAAGCAACCGCAGAGAAAACUACCCCCUGCAGGGGCAAAAUCUGAGAGAGGUGAACCACCAAAAUCCGGAGAACGAAGCGGCUACAGCAGCCCCGGCUCUCCCGGAACGCCUGGCAGUCGCUCGCGCACCCCAUCCCUACCAACACCGCCCACCCGGGAGCCCAAGAAGGUGGCAGUGGUCCGCACUCCCCCUAAGUCACCAUCAGCUAGUAAGAGCCGCCUGCAGACUGCCCCUGUGCCCAUGCCAGACCUAAAGAAUGUCAGGUCGAAGAUUGGCUCUACUGAGAACCUGAAGCACCAGCCAGGAGGUGGCAAGGUGCAGAUAAUUAAUAAGAAGCUGGAUCUUAGCAACGUCCAGUCCAAGUGUGGCUCGAAGGAUAAUAUCAAACACGUCCCGGGUGGAGGCAGUGUGCAAAUAGUCUACAAGCCGGUGGACCUGAGCAAAGUGACCUCCAAGUGUGGCUCGUUAGGGAACAUCCAUCACAAGCCAGGAGGUGGCCAGGUGGAAGUAAAAUCAGAGAAGCUGGACUUCAAGGACAGAGUCCAGUCGAAGAUUGGCUCCUUGGAUAAUAUCACCCACGUCCCUGGAGGAGGGAAUAAGAAGAUUGAAACCCACAAGCUGACCUUCAGGGAGAAUGCCAAAGCCAAGACAGACCAUGGAGCAGAAAUUGUGUAUAAGUCACCCGUGGUGUCUGGGGACACAUCUCCACGGCACCUCAGCAAUGUGUCUUCCACGGGCAGCAUCGACAUGGUGGACUCACCACAGCUUGCCACACUAGCCGAUGAAGUGUCUGCUUCCUUGGCCAAGCAGGGUUUGUGAUCAGGCUCCCAGGGCAGUCAAUAAUCAUGGAGAGAAGAGAGAGUGAGAGUGUGGAAAAAAAAAAAAAAAAAGAAUGAUCUGGCCCCUUGCCCUCUGCCCUCCCCGCUGCUCCUCAUAGACAGGCUGACCUGCUUGUCACCUAACCUGCUUUUGUGGCUCGGAUUUGGCUCGGGACUUCAAAAUCAGUGAUGGGAAAAGUACAUUUCAUCUUUCCAAAUUGAUUUGUGGGCUAAAAAUAAAACAUAUUUAAGGGAAAAAAAAACAUGUAAAAACAUGGCCAAAAAAUUUCCUUGGGCAAUUGCUAAUUGAUUUCCCCCCCCUGACCCCGCCCUCCCUCUCUGAGUAUUAGAGGGUGAAGAAGGCUCUGGAGGCUGCUUCUGGGGAGUGGCUGAGGGACUAGGGCAGCUAAUUGCCCAUAGCCCCAUCCUAGGGGCUUCAGGGACAGUGGCAGCAAUGAGAGAUUUGAGACUUGGUGUGUUCGUGGGGCCGUAGGCAGGUGCUGUUAACUUGUGUGGGUGUGAGUGGGGACUGAAACAGCGACAGCGAAGGCUGAGAGAUGGAUGGGUGGACUGAGUUAGAGGACAGAGGUGAGGAAGGCAGGUUGGGAGAGGGGACACUGGCUCCUUGCCAAGUAGCUUGGGGAGGACAGGGUGCUGCAGCUGCCUGCAGCAGUCCUAGCUAGCUCAGAUGCCUGCUUGAUAAAGCACUGUGGGGGUAACGUGGGUGUGUGUGCCCCUUCUGCAGGGCAGCCUGUGGGAGAAGGGGUAUUGGGCAGAAGGAAGGUAAGCCAGCAGGUGGUACCUUGUAGAUUGGUUCUCUUGAAGGCUGCUCUUGACAUCCCAGGGCACUGGCUUCUUCCUCCCUCCCCGCAAGGUGGGAGGUCCUGAGCGAGGUGUUUCCCUUCGCUCCCACAGGAAAAGCUGCUUUACUGAGUUCUCAAGUUUGGAACUACAGCCAUGAUUUGGCCACCAUUACAGACCUGGGACUUUAGGGCUAACCAGAUCUUUGUAAGGACUUGUGCCUCUUGGGGGACCUCUGCCUGUUCUCAUGCUUGGCCCUCUGGCACUUCUGUAGUGGGAGGGAUGGGGGGUGGUAUUCUGGGAUGUGGGUCCCAGGCCUCCCAUCCCUCACACAGCCACUGUAUCCCCUCUCUCUGUCCUAUCAUGCCCACGUCUGCCACGAGAGCUAGUCACUGCCGUCCGUACAUCACGUCUCACUGUCCUGAGUGCCAUGCCUCUCCCAGCCCCCAUCCCUGGCCCCUGGGUAGAUAUGGGCAAUAUCUGCUCUACACUAGGGGUUGGAGUCCAGGGAAGGCAAAGAUUUGGGCCUCAGUCUCUAGUCCUACGUUCCACGAAUCCAACCAGUGUGCCUCCCACAAGGAACCUUACGACCUUGUUUGGUUCACUCCAUUACUUCCUAUCCUGGAUGGGAACUGGUGUGUGCCUGCCUGGGGAUGACCUUGGACCUCUGCCUUUUCUUUUAUCUAAGUGGAUGCCUCCUAGGCCUGACUCCUUGUGUUGAGCUGGAGGCAGCCAAGUCAGGUGCCAAUGUCUUGGCAUCAGUAAGAACAGUCAAGAGUCCCAGGGCAGGGCCACACUUCUCCCAUCUUUCGCUUCCACCCCAGCUUGUGAUCGCUAGCCUCCCAGAGCUCAGCUGCCAUUAAGUCCCCAUGCACGUAAUCAGUCUCCACACCCCAGUUUGGGGAACAUACCCCCUUGAUUGAAGUGUUUUUUUCCUCCGGUCCCAUGGAAACCAUGCUGCCUGCCCUGCUGGAGCAGACGGCCACCUCCAUAGAUGCAGCCCUUUCUUUCCCGUCUUCGCCCUGUUACGUUGUAGUUGGAUUUGUCUGUUUGUCUGGGUUCACCAGAGUGACUAUGAUAGUGAAAAGAAAAGAAAGAAAAAGAAAAAAAAAAAAAAAAAGAAAAAGAAAAAGGAAAAAAAAAAGGACGCAUGUAUCUUGAAAUAUUUGUCAAAAGGUUCUAGCCCACCACGUGAUGGAGAGUCUGGAUAUCUCCUUCCUGACGUGGCUCCAGGCCAGUGCAGUGCUAACCUGCUGGGACAUCCCAUGUUUUGAAGGGUUUCUUCUGCAUCUGGGACCUCACAGACACUGGAUUGUGACAUUGGAGGUCUGUGACAUUGGAGGUCAAUGGCAUUGGCCAAGGCCUGAAGCACAGGACCAGCUAGAGGCAGCAGGCUCCGAGUGCCAGGGAGAGCUUGUGGCUGGCCUGUUUUGUAUGAAGAUGGUCCUUUCUGAUCACGACUUCAAAUCCCACAGUAGCCCUGAAAGACAUCUAAGAACUCCUGCAUCACAAGAGAAAAGGACACCAGUACCAGCAGGGAGAGCUGUGACCCUAGAAAUUCCAUGACGACCCAGUAGAUAUCCUUGGGCCCUCUCCAAGCCUGGGCCUUUUCACCAUAGAGUUUGGGAUGGACUGUCCCACUGAUGAAGGGGACAUCUUAGGAGACUCCCUUGGUUUCCAAGCUGUCAGCCCCCUGAACUUGCACGACCUCCUACAGCUUCAGGGACUAGGCCUUUGAAGAUUAGGAACCUCAGGCCCACAUCAGCCACUUCUGAUGUACAGUUAAGGACAAUGUGGAGACUAGGAGGAAGCAGCCAGCCUUUCCCAUUAAAGAACUCUUGAGUGCCCAGGGCUACCUAUUGUGAGCUUCCCCACUGAUAAGACUUUAGCUGUCCAUAGAAGUGAGUCCGAGGGAGGAAAAGUGUGGUUUCUUCAUCAUGGUUACCUGUCGUGGUUCUCUCUCUUACACCCAUUUACCCAUCCCGCAGUUCCUGUCCUUGAAUGGGGGGUGGGGUGCUCUGCCUAUCUCUUGUGGGGUGAUCAGCCCAAAAAUCAUGAUUUGGAGUGAUCUGAUCAGUGCUGAUAGGCAGUUUACAAAGGGAUUCUGGCUUGUGACUUCAGUGAGGACAAUCCCCCAGGGCCCUUUCUUUCCAUGCCUCUCCAACUCAGAGCCAAUGUCUUUGGGUGGGCUAGAUAGAUAGGGCAUACAAUUGGCCUGGUUCCUCCAAGCUCUUAAUUCACUUUAUCAAUAGUUCCAUUUAAAUUGACUUCAAUGAUAAGAGUGUAUCCCAUUUGAGAUUGCUUGCGUUGUGGGGGAGGGGGAGGAGGAACACAUUAAGAUAAUUCACAUGGGCAAAGGGAGGUCUUGGAGUGUAGCCGUUAAGCCAUCUUGUAACCCCAUUCAUGAUUUUGACCACCUGCUAGAGAGAAGAGGUGCCAAGAGACUAGAACUUGGAGGCUUGGCUGUCCCACUAAUAGGCUUUCGCAAGGCAGAGGUAGCCAGCUAGGUCCCUGCCUUCCCAGCCAGGUACAGCUCUCAGGUUUGUGGAGGUAAUCUGUGAACUUCUCUUCCUGCUGCCUUCUUGUGAUGUCCAGAGCCCACAGUCAAAUACCUCCUAAGAACCCUGGCUUCCUUCCCUCUAAUCCACUGGCACAUGACUAUCACCUCUGGAUUGACCUCAGAUCCAUAGCCUACACACUGCUAGCAGUGGCCAAGAUCACUUCCUUUAUCUCCAUCUGUUCUGUUCUCCAGGAAAGUAAGUGGGGAUGAGGGUGGAGGUGGUAAUCAACUGUAGAUCUGUGGCUUUAUGAGCCUUCAGACUUCUCUCUGGCUUCUUCUGGAAGGGUUACUAUUGGCAGUAUUGCAAUCUCACCCUCCUGAUGAACUGUAGCCUGUGCCGUUACUGUGCUGGGCAUGAUCUCCAGUGCUUGCAAGUCCCAUGAUUUCUUUGGUGAUUUUGAGGGUGGGGGGAGGGACACAAAUCAGCUUAGCUUAGCUUCCUGUCUGUGAAUGUCCAUAUAGUGUAUUGUGUUUUAACAAAUGAUCUACACUGACUGUUGCUGUAAAAGUGAAUUUGGAAAUAAAGUUAUUACUCUGAAUAAA